UUGUGUAGACAAAAUUAUCCUUAAUGAAUCUCAUCACUCCCUUCCCCCAAAUGUCUCAAUGUGGCCCCCUUGCCUAAGUUGGCAAUCCCACGUGAUGCCGUUGCUUCCCUCAGUCACACAACACACUUCCCUCAAUCAUCGUCUAGGCAUGACGCCGACGAAGAUAAGUGAGUGUUUGACUUUUGGUCUGUUGUGGUGUAGGAUUUGGUGUGCAUGUUUGGCUUCUACGUGUGGGUGUUCUCCACAUAUUUUGGGAUUUUCAAGUCUAUUAUGAAAUACGUAUUCUGUAAUACACUUAUAAAUUUGAAAAUAUGCUAUGGAACACCUACUCCGUAAUAUAAAACUUUUGAUUUUUUUGACUUCUGCAAUAAAUAUUCCCUAAUACAUUCCAGUUUUACAAGUGUAUUUUGAAAUGGGUAUUCCAUAAUAGACUUUGUAAAUCCUAAAAGGUGUUUUAGAAUACUCAUUCCAUAAAAGUGUUUUGGAUUUUUUCUUCUAGAAUAGGUGUUCUAGAAUACCCAUUCUAGAUUGUAGGUAUAUUACGAAAUACCCAUUCCAAAAUUGCAUUUGGGGGGAGGGAGUGCUGGACUCAUUAAGAGUAAUUUUGUCCAGACAAUAAAAAUGGGACGUGCAGGAAGCAGGUGGUGAAGUGCAGAAAGUAAAUACCUCAAUGAUUUGUAUACUGGGCCAGUUACCCCACGAAGCCCAGAGGUAAUUCCUCAAAUUGAGCUCAAGAAAAGUUGAUUAAACAGCCCCAAUAGCUUGUUUCGCGCCGAAACCAAUAUAACGGACUGAAACAGUUGAAGACACCAAUCUCACUAUCACAGCUUAAUGCAAUCUUGAUUCUUUUUUCCUUCUCUUUAGUUUUCCUUAAAAUCUUCUCUUCCAUUAAGCUCUGUUCCGAAUUCCACACAAGAACAAAUUGCAUGCAUGUUUUGGAACUCAGAAAAAGAAAGCAAAGAGAAAAUAUUGUUGAUAUUUCUGUGUGUUUCCCAAUACUCAGGAAAAUGAUUAGCGACUUCCUCUCAGUGCUUCUUAACCUCUCUGUCUUCUCGUCACUUUUGAUUUCUCAGAGCUUAGCGUUCACGCAUCCACCUGAAGUGUUAGCUCUUCAGGAUCUAUACAGAACCUUUAACUACCCACCAAUGCUCAAAGGAUGGAAUGGUACCGAUCCUUGUGGGGAGUCUUGGACAGGAGUUGCUUGUUCUGGACCAUCAGUCAUACAGCUAAGACUUCAAGGAUUAAACCUCACUGGGUAUCUUGGAAGUCUUUUAUAUAAUCUACCUAACUUGAAGCAACUUGAUGUCAGUUCGAAUAAGAUCCUGGGCGAAAUACCAUUCGGUCUACCCCCCAAUGUCUCACAUAUGAAUUUAAGCCACAAUUUAUUACAUGGACCCAUUGGUGAUGUAUUUACUGGUUUAGAUAAUCUCAGAGAAAUGGACCUUUCAUACAAUAAUUUCUCAGGAGAUCUGCCGUUCUCAUUUGGUUCCUUAAGAAACCUUGCCAGAUUGUUCCUGCAGAAUAACAGAUUCACUGGAUCAGUUACUUACUUGGCUGAACUUCCACUCACAGAUUUGAACAUUCAAGAUAAUCUGUUUAGUGGCAUUCUUCCACAGCACUUUCAAUCCAUACUGAAUUUAUGGAUUGGCGAGAAUAAAUUCUAUGAGGCGGACAACUCUCCUCCCUGGAGUUUUCCUCUGGAUACUGUAUCAGUUGAGCAUAACACUAGUAGCCCACCCACAACUCAGGCAAAUGCUAUAAAGAAUUAUUCCCCUCCCAGAGUAAGUGAGGCUCCUCCCAGAGUAAGUGAGGAUCUUCCCAGAGUAAAUGAGGCUCCUCUCAGAGUAAGUGAGCACAAGAAGAAACGUAUAGGUCCUGGAGGAAUAGCAUGUAUGAUUGGUGGAGGAACACUGAUGGCCACCGGAGUGGCGCUCUUUGUUGCAACCCGAUUGAAUAAAUGUCGUGAAGAGAGCCCGAACUCGAAAAGCUCAGAAAGCAACCAUGGCUCAUUGCAUUCUCAUCCGAUCAGUGAAGCCAUAGGGAUCACUUCUAACGCACUAGAGGAGAGGCAGAGUCCACAAGUCCCCCCCAUUAAUUCCGCAUCCCUUUUGGGCCCUGUGGGAUUGCCUUCCCUGAACCAUAACAAUACAGAGGAACCAUUAAGAAGAAGUUUUUCCAAAAGAAGCAGAUUCACUGGAAGGACGAAAGUUUACACAGUAGAGGAGCUUCAGUUGGCUACUAAUUGCUUCAAUGAAGCCAAUGUUCUUGGAGAGGGAUCUCUUGGCCCUGUUUAUAGAGCUAAAUUUCCAGAUGGCAAAAUUUUGGCCGUGAAGAAGAUAAACAUGGCGGGCAUGUCCUUCAGAGAAGAGGUAAAGUUCUUGGAUAUUAUUGGCACGAUUUCCAGACUGAAGCACCCCAACAUAGUAGCACUCAAUGGUUACUGUUUGGAGCAUGGAAAGCAUCUUCUUGUUUACGAUUACGUUAGAAAUUUCACUCUGAACGAUGCUCUUCACAAUGAGGCAUACAAAUCUCUGCCGUGGGUCCACCGUCUCCGGAUUGCUCUAGGUGUUGCUCAGGCUCUGGACUAUUUGCAUGCAACGUUCUGCCCUCCCGUGGCACACGGAAACUUGAAGGCUGUCAAUGUUCUACUCGAUGAAAAUUUGAUGCCUCGUGUUUGUGACUGUUGCUUGGCUAUUUUGAAACCACUGAUCAGCAAUCAAGUCGAAAUUCCGGCUGAUGAGAUUAAUAUUGGAGAGAUAGUCUGCGUUACACCGGAUCAUGGCCAAGCAGGAACCAGCAGCAGAAAGAGAGACGUUUUUGCCUUUGGGGUAUUGCUUCUGGAACUGUUAACAGGAAGAAAACCUUUCGAUGGAGCCAGGCCAAGGGACGAACAAUAUCUGGUGAAAUGGGCUCCACCCUUGCUUCCUUACAGAGCAAGUUUGGAACAGCUGGUAGAUCCCCGUAUGGAAAGAACAUUUUCAUCCAAGGCUCUUUCUCGUUAUGCUGAUAUCAUCUCCCUCUGCAUACAGCCUGUAAAGCAACUACGUCCUCCAAUGUCCGAAGUUGUGGAGUCUCUUGAAGCUUUAUACCAAAAGUUCAACAUUGAAAAGAGCGAUGUAGCAGAUGGCACUGAAGUGGAUCCAUUUGAGAGGUCUUUCCAUUCGACCAACAUAUGCUUUAUGGGUUCUCCACCGGCAGUGAGCCAUGCAUCAGCCUGAUGAUGCACAAGCACAGCAUCAGUGUGAGUGUGACAGAGAAAAACUAUACAUACUUUCAAUUCCAAUAGGGUGACAUUAACGUGCUAGAAAUUCGAGGUUGAUUUCUGCUACGGCAUUUUUCUCUUGUAAGUAUGAGGAACAUGUUUUUGAUCCGUUUGUACAGACUUGCUACAUGAGUGACACGUGGAAACCGUAACUAACCCCAGUUAGUUUGUUCUGCUCGCUUGUUUUUAAGAAGCUUGGACAUUUUCCAUCUUGUUGGACUCUUAAAUAUCAUAAAUAAUAAUCAUCUUAUUCUAUC